AUGUAUCCAAGUGAUUAUUAUGGUCAUCCAUUCGCUGUUUAUUACGGUUAUCCGGGACCGUACUCGUGGUAUCAUCCCUAUUACAGAGUUGGUGCAAUUCCGAUGUGGGGAGUUUACUGCUUUAUUUGCAUUUUUCUAAUAUUCGCUUUUGUUGCCUGUGUUCUGUGCAUAACGCGACAUGAACCAGAACCUAUUGUGAUUGAGGAUCCCUACAGACCACCAGUGUAUAUGGAACCUGCAUUUGGCCCGCCGCCAAUCAUUGGACCCGCUGUCAUCGGUCCUCCCAUAAUAGAGCCGGUCGAAGUCGUAUGCGAGCACCAGCCUUCCUCACAAACACUAACGCCGGAUUCUCACACAGUGUAA